CCAUCGAAUUAUCUAAUGAAUACAAAUCACAUACGUACGCGCACGUAUGCACGCCUGCACGCAGUAACGCAUACAUAUGACAGAUCUGUUUAAUGAUAAAAAUAGAGUUAUCGUUAUCGUACAUAUUCGUUUAAUGUAUAAACUUUGCAUUAAUGGCUCUAUAAAAAACAACGAAUAUCAUAUAGUUUAAUUAAAAUAAUUAUUAUAUUAAAAUAUGAAAAAAGUUUGUUAUGUGUAACGAAGAUUAUGAUUAUUGCUCAAAUAUCUAUUUACAAUAGUUACUUUUGCAUUAAAACAAGAUGUAAUUUGUGAAGUAUAUGUGUAUAAAUUUAAUAUCGAAGUAUGUGAUAAAUAAGGUUAUUUUAUAAAACAAACAGAUUUCUAAAAUUCUGUUACUUCGUAAUUCAUAAUACGGCAUUGGGCAUAAAUUUUGACAAGUCAUUGUAUACAAAUAAAUAUUCCUUAAUUCAUACACAUGUGUAGUUCGUAAAGCAAAUAUGGUAUCUUCAUGGUGUUAUUUCAUUUUACCGGUAGUAUUACUUAUUGGAUUACUUCGAAAAUGUCGUGAACGUACAUGGGGAAAAUGUAAAAAUACAGACAGUUUACUAGGUCGAGUAUUCAUUGUGACAGGUGCUAACUCCGGAAUUGGUAAAGAAACGGUAAAAGAAUUGGCUAAAAGGAAAGCUACAGUUAUUUUAGCCUGUCGAUAUUUACAAACUGCUCAGAAUGCUAUAUCUGAUAUACGUACUCAAAUAUCUACUGGAAAAUUGGUACCAAUGAAAUUAAAUCUGGCAUCGUUUUCAUCCAUCAGAGAAUUUGUUGCAGAAGUAAUAGAAAAUUUUGCGGAGGUUCAUGUGUUAAUUAAUAAUGCUGGAGUAUAUGUUCCUUUUAAAGAACAUGCUUUAACUGAUGAUGGAUUUGAAAUUCAUUUUGGAGUAAAUCAUUUAGGGCACUUCCUGCUUACAAAUUUACUUUUGGAACAUUUAAAACGAAAUGGACCAAGCAGAAUUGUUAUUGUGACAUCUAAACUUUUUGAGUCUGGAACAAUUGAUUUUUCGAAUCUAAAUGGCGAAAAAGGUUUGGUAGUCAAAGGACGUAUGAAUCCUGCCUAUUGUAAUUCAAAAUUAGCAAAUACUUAUUUUGGUAUUGAACUUGCAAAACAAACAAAGAACAGUGGUAUUAAUGUAUAUAUGGUUUGUCCUGGAUUCACUUACACAGGAUUAUUCAGAAAUGUUAAAAGGAGUUGGUUUCACUAUAUUAUUUUUUCACCUGUUGCUCUAUUAUUUUUACGUACUGCGAAUCAGGGUGCACAAACUGUAUUACAUUGUGCAAUAGAACCUUCCUUAUCUAAUGAAAGUGGUAAUAUUUACCGUGAUUGUAAACUUUAUGUUUCAAAAAAGAAACUAGAUCCUGAUAUAGCACUGCGUUUGUGGGAUGUGAGUGCAAAACUGACUAAAAUUAAUGAAUCUUUAAAUUAAAUAUUUUAAUGUAUAUUAUACAUAUUGUUUUACUUUUAACAUAUUUAAUCACCAUUUUAUAUAUUUAUUUUUAUAUGUAAAUAUUAUAACGCAAUAACAUAGAUAAGAUAAAGACAUUAUUGCCAUAAAUCCUAUAAGAUAUAGUAAAAUAUUUUUGUUUUCAUUGUUACAAAUAAAAUAUUUUAUUGUAUAAUUUUUUAAAAUACUAGAAUGUUGAAAAUGUUGUCAUAAAUUUUAUUGAAUCCUCUUAAAAUUAUAGUAAAAGUAAAAAAGAUCUUCAAAAAUGCCAAUAAUAAAAAUUCUUAUAUUUUAGUCUUAUAAUAUAAUAUGUAUUCAAUAUGAAUUAUUCCACAUAUGAAUCAAAUUACAAGAAAAGGUUUUUUAUAUAUAAUAUUGUUCUUACAUUCAUUAUUAUACAUUGAGUAAGUUAAUAUGUGUAUCUACAUGUUUUGACAUGUAACUCAUUGUGUACGUAGUUAAAUAGAAUACUGUGAAUAGUAAACAAGAAUACUAAGUAGAAUAAUUUGAAGAUACCAUGUCAAACUAA